AUGAAGCCACCGUAUGAUGGCAUUUUAUUCCAGUAUAGCUCACAAAAAUGAGGAUUAGUAAAAUGUCAAACGUGUAAGAUAUUAACAUUUUGAAACCCUUGGUAUAUUGCCAUUGGCCUAUGGUUUAAAUAAUUUCUUUUAUCUAGUGACACUGAAUGAAAGUGGAAAGUUUACCUCUUACUGGUUUUGUGUGUCUUUAAGUUUAGAAUAUUAACGUUUUAGGCAGAAUUAUUUGCAAAUUUUGCUCUUUAUCGGUCUCAAUGAGACAUUUUUCCCAAACAGACUUAUGCAAACAGAUCAACAUUUUAUGGAAAUUUUGCCUUAAGAAUUGUUUGCCGCUUUCACAUAGGCAUAAAUCUCUUCAUGAGAAUGGUUUCUCCCUCCCUGAGAGUGCAUGGGAGAGUAGAUUAACAUUUCUUUGAGAUAUGCUGCCACUGCAUUUAGUUGGGAACUUCCCUAAAAAGGCACUCGCUCUCAUUGUGAAGUCCAGUAUACCAAGGGUUUGAAUAAUUAUGGUUUAAUUUGAAAGUGAGAUCUUCCAAGAGGUGCCAAAUGGGCACUGGUACUAGUUUUUUAUUCCAAGUUUUCUUGUUCAUCCUUGAUAUAUUUUAUAGAAUUUCACUAAAUAAUAAACUCUUCUCUCUGUUAUUUGUGUGUGUGAUUUUUGUAGUGGAGAAGGCAAAUGCAAAGCCCUUCCAGAUGACUGAAAAACAGUGGGUCCUCUGCAGCUACAGGGGAUUCUAGACAUUAACUAAAGGCCAGCAAGCACUCAAGUCCCCAAGUGUUUUCCUGGUGUAACCACUUGUUAACUACAUUCUCUCUUCUUCUUUUUAUUUUUACAUUUUAGGGUGUUACAGUAAUUUCAAAGGCAAUGAGCAGGGUUUUUGGAACUUACCUUAAAAACAAAGUGCUGAGAAGACACCUCUUCUUACAGAAGUCUUAUUAAACUCUUCUAGACUUGCUUUAGAAGUAAUUGAUUUCCAUUGUACUGUUUCUUGAUUUACUUCUGAAAUAAUGGAUUUUCCCAGAUCGCUUGAAUUAUAUAAAAUCUCUGCAGAUUAAGUCAUACUACAGUAAUAAAUUUGGUACAUGGCCUGGGUUCAGACCUAUAAUCAAGACAUUGUAAUGCUGUAGGCUGUCUUUUGAGGCCUGGGGAGCUGUCUUAUCUUUGUAUUCCUUAAACUUGAAAGAUGUGAAAACUUAAUUUCUGGAAUGUAGGAAUCUGCAGCAUGACCUUUGUUUGAGACAUGCUGCUUUUUGAGAGUACAGAACACAUUCUGAAAUUGCCAUUGAGUUACUGCUUCUGCUUUCGCUAGUUUAGGUGUAAUAGCAUAGUUGAAAGGCAUCUUGUCCUCGUCUUUGUAUUAAAGCAUGAUAUAGCAACAGUCCAUCUGACUUAGUACUGAAAUGUUCUCCAAGGCCCAUGGUGAAGAAUGUUAGUGUUUAACUUUUCCAGUAAGGAUAAAAACAUUUUUUCUCUUUGUCAGUCUGACUUUGUCCAUUGUGCUUGAUGGUGGAUAAAUCUGGCACAUAGAGAAAUCUGCCCAGUAGUUUUGGUUCAGAUUGUGUAAAAAAAUAAAAUUAAUAAAGUAGAAUAUUUUAAUGGGCCUGUUUAAAUCGAGGAGUUCCUCAUGGGCUGUUUCUUGUGGUGUUCUAGCAGUUCAGAAUGUUGAUCUUUUUGGCAUGAUGAUGUAGCAUAUCACAAGAGAUAUGUUCAGCCAAUAAAGUUAUGCCCCCCGGUUGUGUAAUCAUAUGCUUUUGUCCCUGUACUGGAGUAUAGUUUUCCCUGCAAAUGCAUACUGCCAGGGUCCCAAUUCAACAAGCUAUUUAAGCACGAUACAGCAAGAUUCUUAAAACCAUAGUGAAAUUGCUCAUGUGCUUAAAGCCAGGCGUAUGCUUAACUACUGUGCUGAACUGGGCCCUUUUAUCUUUUAUUUUCUAUUGUGAUGAUUCUGUAUUAAUAUUGCCUGUCACUGAAGUAAAUGUUUAUUAUCUGUUUAGUGCAAUAAUUAUCCCCUAUAUCACAAGCGCACUCCAGUUUUAGCAUACACAGACAUUUUGGUGUUGGCUGUUGCUUUGUGUUAUAGAACUAAACACAAAGUCUACGGUAAGGUUUAGUAUUUGUAAUUUUCACUGUGAUAUUCCUAGAUUUGGAAGGAACUCUAAGAUUAAAGAUGGCUGGGGGGGGGUAUUUAGGUUCUUUGGUUAAUGUUUGUUUCUUUUGUCUGUUUCUUUUUCUUUCAUUUCUACACAUUCAUGCAGUAUUUCAUGGUUCUAACAAAGCAGCAGUAAAAAAAACUCUUGAAGCAUGAAAAUUAACUGGUGAGGGGCCUCAUUGCUUUUUUUAAAAUUGUAGUUUAUUUAUUUCUAAAUACUUUUUUAAAAAACAAUUAGAGGAUCAGAUGCAUGACUUUUUUUAAUGGAUGCAGAUCUUCUAUGAGGUGUCUCAAGAUAAGUCUGAGGAUUUGUAUUUAGAUGCCAGAAAUGUUGUAGUUGCACUAAUUUGAAAUGUUUAGAUAUAAUUUAUAAAUAUCCUCUGAGACAUAAUUUUGCAUGCAAAAUUACCCCAUAAUCUCUCUGUAGGUAUGUUAAUAUAUUUAUGCAUUAAUGCCCUUUAUCUAAAUGACCUUUUUCCCCCCUCUCCCUCCAUAACUUUUGGUAUCUAAAUUGAUGACAGCUCAAUGACACAAGCAAGAUAACAGUGCUGUGUAUUAUACAUUUGUUUAUAUUAUCGGCACUUCUCAGUAUAGGUGGAAGGAACCAUUACCUUUAUUUAACAGUGGUUUUUCUUUUUUGUUGUUGUGUUUUACAGUUCUUUUCCCUGGUUCAGCCUGAACUAUAUACCAGGCCCUGCUGAAAAUACCACCCAACAGUUUUCUUCUGCAGCUUAUCCAGUUUCUCUUAAGUGCCCUGUACAUAUUGUAUGUUUUAUGAUGAGAUGCAGUUUCUUAAUAUGUAUUACAGAAACACUACUGGUAUUUGCAAAUAUAUAGUAAAAUUGUUUUAUUGAACUCUCAUUUUGGGGGCUUGGGCACAUUAACAAAUUAAUCCAUCUGUAUAGGGCUUUUGCUGUUGGAUAGAAUAAAAAUACCUACCUAAUUACUUGUUUCGUAGUAGGACCCUUACAAUUAUAUGUGCAGAGCAGGCAGUAAAAUAAGACACUUGUCUUAGUUGGCUGCAAGAUUUUGGGCCAGAAGUUUCUUCUGAAAUGGCAGUAUGUAGCAGCAUUCUUGGUACAAUAAGCAUGGCACAUAUUGGAACAAAUGCAUUUUACUGCACAGGUAAGGAAUGUGCCACGAUAUACUGUAUGUAUGCACCCAUCCACCCACAGACACACAUACACAGCGUGUAUUUGAAGAUCUGCAGAGACUUUCAUUUUCAUUUGACAAGUCAGCAAAAGCCCUACGCUUGAUUCAACAAAAAAAUAUUUCCAUACCUUCUCUUAAGUUUUACAAAAUUUAUAUGGUAGGUGUAAAAGAAAACAUAGUGAACUGUACCAUAUUAUUAACCCCUAAAUCAAACUUUUUUUGUCUUGUGUAUCUUGAUUUUUCUGUGUGCUUUAUAGUGAAGCAGCCGACACGAGUCGUUGUUCAUAAAACAGCUUUUGAAAGUUGAGAGCACACCCCUGGAGAACCGACUGUGCUUGCUUACGUUUGGUUCAUGACUUAAAAAUCGAGUACAGGUGAUGAAAUCUUGGCAGUGUUAACAAAAAAGUAGUGUGUAUUGUGCUAUUUUUUUGCUCUAGAAACUUAACCAUUUGUAGAGAAAAAGGAACAGUCAAAUUUUCACACAUUGAAGUUUCAUUCUGACAAAAAAAUUAAUGAUAAAUAUUAAUAGACAUCAAGCUUUGUAUUUUAGCCAACAUAAGUACUUUCAACAAACUCAGGUGGUGUAUCAGGGAGACAUUUUCUGGGUGUAUUUGUGUAUUUUCUGCCUUUGGAAUGGAAUGCAUUCUAAUGCAAGGCUAUUUCUCUGCAGGAGUUAUUCCUGAUGAGACUAAGGCUUUGUCUCUCUUGGCACCAGCUAAUGCUGUGGCAGGUCUGCUGCCUGGAGGUGGACUCCUGCCUACUCCCAACCCACUUUCUCAGAUUGGUGCUGUUCCUUUAGCUGCUUUAGGAGCUCCUGCUCUUGAUCCUGCCCUAGCUGCUCUUGGGCUUCCUGGAGCUAACUUAAACUCUCAGUCUCUUGCAGCAGAUCAACUACUAAAACUUAUGAGCACAGUGGAUCCAAAGUUGAACCAUGUAGCUGCAGGUCUUGUUUCACCAAGUCUGAAAUCAGAUACCUCCAGUAAAGAAAUAGAAGAAGCUAUGAAAAGAGUACGAGAAGCACAGUCAUUAAUUUCUGCUGCUAUAGAGCCAGACAAAAAAGAUGAAAAACGAAGGCAUUCAAGAUCAAGGUCACGCUCAAGGAGGAGAAGGACACCUUCUUCAUCUAGACACAGACGAUCAAGAAGCAGAUCAAGGAGAAGGUCCCAUUCAAAAUCAAGAAGCAGGAGGCGAUCUAAAAGUCCAAGGCGAAGAAGAUCUCAUUCCAGAGAGAGAAGCAGAAGGUCUAGGAGCACAUCCAAAACCAGGGAUAAAAAGAAGGAAGAGAAAGAAAAGAAACGUUCUAAAACUCCCCCCAAAAGCUACAGCACAACUAGACGAUCAAGAAGCACAAGCAGAGAAAGACGACGUAGAAGAAGCAGGAGUGGAACACGGUCACCUAAAAAACCCAGGUCUCCUAAAAGGAAAAUGUCCCGGUCCCCAUCUCCAAGAAGGCAUAAAAAGGAAAAAAAGAAGGAUAAAGACAAGGAGAGAAGUAGAGAUGAGAGGGAGCGGUCAACAAGCAAGAAAAAAAAAAGCAAAGACAAAGAGAAGGAUCGAGAACGAAAAUCCGAGAGUGAUAAAGAUGUGAAACAGGUCACAAGGGAUUAUGACGAAGAAGAACAAGGAUAUGACAGCGAGAAGGAGAAAAAGGAAGAAAAGAAAAUGGCAGAUUCUUCCUCCCCUAAAGUAAAGGAGUCUGCUGCUGAUAAAGGAAGUGGAGAUUCAGCAAGGGAAUCCAAAGUAAAUGGGGAUGAUCAUCAUGAAGAGGACAUGGAUAUGAGUGACUGAAUUUUGCCUUUGCAGUGAACACAGCUGCAGACGUGCAUCAGUGUCAUUCCUGUGUGAUUCUUUUAUGCUGUACUUGUUAAUCCUAAAUCUAGAUGUAUACAGCUCUAAGCUAUACAUGGUUUGUAAAUCUCCUGAUACUAACUCACAUCAAAAGCUUUAUAGAAAGGUAACCAUUCUUGUUACGGCCGAAAGGGAUUGCGUAGCCAAGCAAUUUUUACUAACUUGGUGAUGCUUCAAGCAAAAGUAAAAAGCUGCAUGCAUCUACAGCAGGCAUGGACUGUUUGUUGUAUGAUCUCCUUUAGUAAAUCAGCUCACUUAUGAUAGUGUUUCUAGAAUUUGAUUCAUUGCAGUAAUAGAGCAGUAUAGGGAAUGCACUGACUGCAUGUUGAUUGUGGCAGAAACAUCCUAAAUGUUCUAAAGUCCUACAACAUAUGGUGGAUCUACUUAAGGGUCUUAAGUGUGACUACACAAAAAAAAUUGACAGUACAUCUGAAAAAAAGCAUUCUGAUAUAGAUAGUUUUCUGGUUUUGUUUUUUUUAAGCCACGUGGCUGGGGUUGUUUUGUUUUGUUUUGUUUUUCCCGGUGGAUUUUGUUUGGCUUUGACAAAGUUAAAAUGCACUAACCUUUUUGAGGGCUUUUUUAAAUCUGUCAGUUCAAAUCCAUCUCAGGCAAGGUGCAAUGGUUCUUAGCUUUUCUUUUUGAGCCUUGGGAAGUGAAAAUCUCUGCUUGAUCAGUGCCCAGUGAUUAAAGGUUGAUUUGUGCAGUUUUCAUAAUCCAGGUUGUUUUAUUUGUUAGAGCUAAACACAUUGCAAAAAGGUAGUGCAUUUUAAAAUUGACCUUCGUAUGCUUUUAAAAGCAAGUCUACUUGAUAAUGUACUUUUUACUUGAUCUCAAGUUGUAUAAACUAAUAAAUUUGUGUUUACUGUCACUGCAGUAGUAAUCUUAUGCACACAGUGAUUCCAUGUUAUAUGCAAAGUAGUUAGGCAAGCUGUUUUCUUAGUUACCGAAGUUCAAGAGCUUUUACUUUUGUGCAGAUAAAAAGACAAAAGUAGGCUACAGUCUGUGCCAUGUUGAUGUACAGUUUCUGAAAUUGUUUUACAAAACUUUGAUAAUAAAACCCUUAAACUUA